AUGGCAAUAUUAGACUAUUAUUAUUCAACAGAAUGUAUUAUUCCUAUACCAACAUCAUUUUUAAAAACAUUACCUAUAGAAAAUAAAACAAAAAUACAACCAUUUUCAGAAUUAUAUGCUAUUUUAACAUCUAUUAUUGAAGCAAUUGCAUGGAAUGUAUUACCAGCAGAACUUUUUAUGAAAUUAUUUAGACAAGAUAUUGCUGUAGCAUCAUUAUUUAGACAUUUUAUUUUGGCAUGUAGAAUAAUGAAAAAAUUUAAUUACAAACCACAAUCAUUUCCAGAACUUCCAGAUACAUCAAAUCAUUUAUUAUGGAAAACAUGGGAUAGUGUAUUAGAACUUGCAAUUCCUAAAUUAAUUAAUUCAACAAGACAAAUUAAUUAUUUACCAUCACCAUUUUUUAAUAAUUUAAUAAUAUCAUUAAAAACAUGGUUAUCAAUUCAUCCAGAUAAACCAUCUAAACCAUGUAUCUUACCAAUGAUAUUUCGAUUAUUUUUAAGAAAAGAUUAUACAUAUGAAGUAUUUGGAUUAAUUUGUGAAUAUGUAGAUUUAGGAUUUUUUGCAUGUGAUCGAGUUGUUAAUAUUGGAUUUAUACCAUUAUUAGUACAAAGUUUAGAAAAAGAAGGAUUAGAAGAAUUUGGAGUUUUUUGUUUAGCAAAGAUAUUUUCAUAUGACUCAAGCCUCAUUUCACAUUACCUUAGAGGGUCUAUUAGAACAUUAAUCAGAAUUGUUCAAAAAGGAGAAAAUCCAAAAGAAAGUAUCUGUGGAUUAUUUUUAUUAGCACAAAUAUUUGGAGAUGGAGAAGUUAUGAAACAAAUCGAUACAAAAGGACUUUAUAAUAUUUUUAUUGGAACGUCUAGAAGAGAAAAUUGGCUAAUUAAAGUUUGGUCAAUGGUAUGUUUAGCACGUCUUAUUGAACAAGAAACAACAAAAAGAGGAAUUUAUGAGAAUCCACAAAUACAAGGAAUGAUAAUAGAAUUAACUAAAGACAAACGACCACUUGUACGAAGUUCAGUAAUUUAUUUAAUAAUGCAUGGAAUACCCCAAGCAAGAAGCGAAGAAACACAAGAAAUAUUAAAUGGAUUACAAGGCAUAAUAUUUGAGUUAGCAAAAGAUGGAUGUCCUACGGUAAGAAGUUUACUUGUUGUUUUAAUCUUUAAAAUUAUGUCAAAAGGAUAUAAUGGAAAUAAAUAUCAAGAAGUUUUAGAAUAUUUAGCAAAUGAUCCUGACCCAGAUGUUAUUAGAGCAUCAGAAGGAUUAAUAACAUUAAAUGAAAAGAUAAAAGGGACAAGAAUAAAUAUGAGAAAACAAAUGGCAUCACCAUUAGAGCAAUUUAUUAAGACAAGCAAAAAAAUAUUUGAUGACUUAAUAGAGAGAUUUUAUUGUUCUAUUAGAGACAUAUUUAGAAAACCAUUAUUAAUAGAAGUUAUUAAUGAAAAUAAAAGAGCAAAAAAAGAAUGGUUUGAAAAACAGUCUAUUGCAACACAAUCAAGUUGUAGAGAUUUAUAUAUUGAUAUUCCAAAUAGAGAAAUGAAAGAAGAAAGUAAAUUAACAAUAAUAAAUAAUAUGUAUAUUCCUAAAAAAGUUAUUUUCCAUCCUACACUUCCAGUUAUUUUAACGGAUGUUGGAAAUGAUAGUAUUGGAAUUUAUGAAUAUAAAGUUAGUCCAUUUCCAACAAAAACAUUUUCAAAUUUUAAUGCAAUUAACACAUCAAUUAAUUUUAUUGAUUGGAUGAAUAAAAGUGAUUCAUUAUUAAUAUCAGGAUGUGAAGAUGGAAGUAUUAGAAUUUGGGGAGAUUGGUCAAAUGAACAUAAGUCAGUAAGUUCAUGGAGAGGAAUUCCAAACCAAGGAAUAAGUAAAGCACGAUUUUCAACAUUAACAAACAAUAGAAUUUGUGUAGGAGCGGAUUAUUCCAUAUGUGUUUGGGAUGCAGAAUUAGAAGAAUGUAUUAAUACAUUUAAAAUAGAAGAGACAGUAAGUUGUUUAAGUCCAUUUAGUGAUAAAUCAUUUUUUUGUGGAGGUAGUAAUGGAACAGUCAAUAUUAUUGAUAUUCGAUGUAAAAAUAUUAGUCAAUGGAAAGAACAAAAAAGAGAAAUUGUAAAUGUAGGAUAUUCUACUAGAUCAUUUACAGUUGUUACAACAAGUAAAGGAGAAACAUCAGAAGUUUGUUUAUAUGACAUAAGAAAAAUAAGUGAAAAUCAAAGUUGUAAAGCAUAUAAAACAAUUGAUAUUCCAGAAAUUACAAGUGCAUGUGUACAUGAAGAAGCUCCAUAUUUUGCUAUAGGAACAACAAAUAAUUAUGUUCAACUUUAUAAUGUAAUAACAGGAACAAAAUAUCAAGAAUUAAAAUCAUAUGAAAAUAUCUUUAGAUUUAAAUCAUAUCCAGUUAAUUCUGUAUGUUUCCCAGACUAUGACUUUUCAUUAGCAGUUACAACAAAUACCAAUAUUAUUAUUUAUUCACUUAAUUAA